UCUAGAUCCAAUGUUCAUAAUGUCGAAGCAGGGUAGUGUUCUCCUGUGCGUUGGAGGUUUCACUUUCAGAAAGCACCGCCAGCGAUCCAACAAGACCCGCUGGAACUGCUCCUCGCAUAAGAACUGCAAGGCUGUGGUCUACACCUCCGAUGAUACCAACGAAAUAAUGAAAUGCAAUAAUGUACACAACCACCCAAUCAGGUUCAUCUCAGAUCGAAUUCAUCUCAACAAGAAGAGGUGGGCUUUCAAUAUUGCACGAAGGGCGCCGAUAUCACAGGAAGAAGAUCUACACUACAUGUACAUCCCUGCCGGCCACAAGAAGAAUUUGAUUAUGUUCAGAGGAUACACAUUUUCACAUUAUGGCAAAAACCUCUGGUACUGUUCCAAAAUAAAGCUCGGAUGCAAAGCUAAGCUCAAAUUAGAUGACAAAGAGCGAAUAAUUUCCGCUCACAACACUCAUUGUCACGAACCUCCGGUUUACUGCGUGACUGAUUCUGGCGAAUAUAUUUUAGUACGUUUAUCCUUCAAGUAUAUUCAGACGCCGAAACGCAAAAAUCCUAUACUAAUGUUAGGCGAGUACACUUUUACGCAGACCACUUCAGACCAACGUUAUUGGAACUGCAGCAAAAAACUAUCCACAUUUUGUCCAGCGAAGCUCCGUUUUAACAGCGACGGAAAAUUGGUUGACUACAAGCUGACCCACAAUCAUAGUCCUCCUAACUAUGUCGUCACCAAAGAUGGCAACUAUAUAAAAUUUUAAUACAGCGUUUGUUAACAAUCCUAACAAGUGCUUUUGUACUCUUAUGGUUUCCUGGGGGUCUGAAAUAGCGAGGUUGCAUGUUUCAAUAAUUAAGUUCUUAAUUUUGUUUAUUUUUUCAAAUUUUAAUAUAACAAGCUAUUUCAUUAAACAUCAAAUAAAGCUCACCUUUUUGAAAUAAAAUGUCAAAUUUGACAGCUUCGUUUAAGUAUGCGUAAAAUGAGAUUGAACGUACGUACGUAAACUUAGAUGAAACGUCAUUAGUAUAAAAUUGGAAAAUUCAUAAAUGAAACAUUACCUAUUUUAGAUAUUUCAUACAAUCUCACCAUUUCAGACCCUUUAUUUUCAUUUUAAGCGAAAGCUUUACGUUUACAUUUGCCGUGUAAAUAACAUAUCAUAACUAAUUUUAAAUUACGAAGGAAUAAAUUGAGGUCCGAUUAUGAUUGUAGUUAAUUUUAUUUAUCAGAUUCAUUUUAAAGGUGCCAUAAAUAAUAAAAGUUACUGAAAGACUUCGUAUAUAAUUAUUUCAAUUUAUUCAAUGUUAUUUUCGUUUUUAUCUAGUUAGACAGAUGGAAAGGGCUCAUGCCAUACUCUCUUUAAGCUUUGUGGCAAUGUCUUGGAGGUUGGUCGUUAGGUUCCCUGAAAUAUGUUUGAGCGAAGUGAUGACUGAAUAGCCAUCACAUACAACAUAUGAACGUAUGUUAUGCUAGUGAACUACAGCUGCCAGUGGAGACAAGUCUGCUCGGCUACCACAAUUAAUACUUUGAAAUUUUAUAAGCCAAGUAGAAGUAAAAUUACUUUAGAUUCUCAUCUAUAGAUACCAUGAGAAACAGUAUUCUUAUUUUGACAUUUGUUGACUCUGUUACGACCAAGCAUUUCGUAAGUGACUGUUUCUUUAUUUUGUUAAGUAGUAUCUUUUACCAGUUCUUCUCGACAACUACAAGAAAUCUUGAAGUUAUGUUAGGAAAAUACGGACAUUCCAAAUCAGUUGUUUUAUAUUAGCGGUUUGAACAAAAUUAUUUAAUUCUUUUUUCAUAACUUAAAAACCAACCUUAUGAAUUUGUUUCAGAUUUAACCUACGAGUAUAUUGUGUUGCCGUCACGCAAAAGGCCAUUGCUAAUGUUGCAGAAGUACACUUUUACGCAGACCACUUGCGAUAAACGUUAUUGGAACUGCAGAAAGAAAUCGUCUACCAAAUGUGAAGCGAAGCUCCGUUUUAACUACGACGGGAAGUUGGUGCAUUACCAACUGGUUCAUAAUCAUCUUCCUCCCACGCCCAACUUCUCUGUCACCUAGGAAGGCAAAUUUGUGAAAUUUUAGUUCCACGUCAGUGAAAAUCCGAAGCAAAUUUAUCCUAUAAGUUUAUUGAGUUAUCAAGACGCAAAAAGCCGUUGAUAAUGAUGGGGAAGUACACUUUCGCGCAGACCAAUACUGAUCAACGUUAUUGGAACUGCAGCAAGAAAUUCUCCAAUCAAUGUCCAGCAAAGCUCCGUUUUAACUGCGACGGCAAAUUGGUUCACUACGAGCUGAUCCAUAACCAUAGUCCUCCGAACUAUAUUGUCACCAAGGAUGGCAAAUACUUCAAGAUUUAGUUUCCACAUCAGCGAAACUCCUAUCAAUAAUUGUAUUGGAAAUUCAGGAACUCUUGAUUAGAAUUAGUUAAAGGUUUAUUUUUGAAAAUUUCACGAUCAUUUAAAAUGUGUUUAACGUUACAAAUAAUUAAUGACUAAAUAACAACAUUCUGUAUUAGGGAAAAAGUUUCUUCGCAUUUAUAUGUAAAUUCAAAACAUUUUUUUAGUUUAUUUACAUUUAACUACAGUAUGUAUAUCUCUUUGCCAUCUUGAAGGUAACGUCAUGAUCCCAUUGCUAUAGAAAUUUUCGGGCUACUGAUCAAAAAACCACGACAAGUGGUUUUGACAGUCCUCUCAUGAUACUAGUAACCUGACAUUGCCGAAAGAAUUCUGAAGAGACCGAAACAGGUGGAAAUAUGAAGGUGCAAGGUCAGGACUAUACGGUGGAUGGAUUAAAAUCUCCCAGUCUCUUAUUUUUUACUAAGUGGCGAAAUAUGUUUGAGGUCUAGCGUUAUCAUGAUGAAAAUCCACACCCUUUCUGUUCAUUAAUUCCGGUAGUUUUCCCUCUACAUCUUACUUUAAUCUCAUAAGUUACACUCGUCAUUAGCUCAUUACACGUUUCAUUAGAUUUCUUUUAGUGAAUAUGUCGAGCUUAUUUAUGUACCUAGCUUUAUUCAAAUGCGCCAAAACUGUUUUGUGGUAAAAUCCCAGUUCUACAGCUACGUCGUAACUACUGAUAUGCCGAUAUCGCUCCACUUUUGGCCGAUGUCGUGACCAGAACAACGUGCAUCUUUCGUGAAAACGCUUAAACCUAAUUUUUGUUACUCUCACAAAUACUAGUACUAGGUCCAUAAACAUCACAAUUUUUUUCGCGGCUUGCGUUGCACUUUUACCUUUUUUGUAGUAAAAUUAUAAAAUGUAUCUCUAAUUUCUUCGUGAGAUUCAUUCAUCUUGUACAGUAAGAUACACAAAUGAACAUCACACAUUUUUCUAAUUUGAAUUUGGAAUUAUCUUCUUUGAAAUUUAAACUUUUUAUUGAUACCAAAACCAGACCGAUACAAAAAGUAUAACCAAAGAGAUUUUAUUACAGGUUCAUACAUACUAUAACGCGAUCAGACUUUUUCCCCAACCUAUUAUUUUAUAGUCAUUGCAUAUCCCCUCGUGUGUGUGUGUGUAAGCACAAGUGGCUGAUUUCUGCCACGAGUUCAGAAAAUAAA